AACCCAUCUCCUGUUUUAUCCUUCCUGUCCUCUUUCAUCCCUUUCGCAUUGAUUGUUCCAUCGUUUGCGCACACAUUGAAUCCAAAGUGCUAUCUCAAUUGGCCUAUUCUUUCGCCCCGAUUUGUCUAUUUACUCUCCACAACGCGCUCCACUAGCUUACCAAGAAAGCUACAUACAAACAUGUCAGCCGAAGCUGUCAACGGAGGCCCGGUGGCCCAGCCCGUCCCCGCCAGGGAUGCCCAAGAAAACAAGGAGGCAACCCCGCAGCCCGAAAAGCCCAUCGAAGUGAACGGUGACGCGGCACAGCCUGAGGAGAAAGAGAAGGCAACUGAAGGAGAAAAGGCAAUCGGCGAAAAGCGCGAACAUGAUGAAUCUGGAACCGCCAAAGAAGGCAAAGCGACGUCUGAAGGGCCUCCUGAAAAGAAACAGAAGGUUGAAACGGAGAAGCAACCUGAUGGAGAGGCAAAACCGGCAUCUCCAAACAGAGAGAACGUCGAUGCGGCAAACGGCAUGAAGAAGAGGGGACCUGGCCGUCCUAAGAAGGGCGAAGCGAAGAAACAACAGAAGACUCCGACACCACGAAGCACCGAUGGCAUUGGAAGCAGAACCCGGAGCCGAACCAAGGCCUGAGCGGCAUGUGGCUUGUAUCAGAAGCAACGGAAUAUUUUACUCAUAUUACUUUCCAUGAUCCGCGGGCUCAGAUACUCAAAGUCGCUAGAUCGGCAAACCUUUGACUUCGUUUGUCUAUUUUUCGACCCUAUUUCGACGCUAUUGACCCGCCCGUGAGCAAGGUCUCUCUGAAAUUCAAUGCCUUUAUUGUCUUUUUGUUGUACGGAUAUUUCUCAUAUUGGGUGCAUUAGUGAAAACUUAUCUGGGGGUAUCAAGCUGGAUGGAAGGGAUCUGUGGGAUUUUGUGCAAUAUUAAGUGAUAGUGUCCCUUUCAGGAAACAUACGGGUCUGCUCUGCCUGGACUGAGCAGGAAACAGCCAUGUGUGCUGAGCCAGUCCGUUUUUCUAUGUGUGGUAUUUGGUCAAAAAACUGUUUAAAUUAGCCAACAGGAUCUGGAAAUUGCCCGGUCGUGAAAUCUGGUUCCGCUCUCGUAGUUUUAUAUUCUUUUGCUAUGGAGUCCUAGAG